AUGCAAGAGUGCCGUUCGGCGGCUAAUGAAGCGGGCGUAAUAGACAAAGUGGCGUACGCGUCGGCGAACAUGGCGACGGAGGAAUCCGACGGAAAUAUGCAGAGCUAUACCUGGGCAGAUGUGGAAGUGGCCGAGGGGCACGAAGGAGGGUUGGAGCUUGCCGGGGGAAUCGUGUCUCCGCAGCACCUUCGGAACCGCGGCCACGCUCGGAAUGGCGACGAGUACGGGGGUGGCGGCAGCGCGGAGCAGUACGUCAUGAGCGAGGAGAACCGCGCCGCCGCCGUAUUGGCGGACAGGCAGCAGGCGUCGCAACGCAAGCUGGGCACGGUGAAGGGAGUGUUUCAGCCUUGCGUCCAGAACAUCCUGGGGGUAAUCCUCUUCAUCCGUCUGCCCUUCAUCGUGGGCCAGGCGGGCGUGUUCUUGACCAUCGUCAUCAUCCUCGUGGCCAAGCUGGCGACCACGCUCACCACCCUCUCAAUGAACGCCAUCGCCACGAACGGCCAGGUGCAGGCCGGGGGGCCGUAUUACAUCAUCUCCAGGAACCUGGGGGUCGAGAUCGGUGGCGCCAUCGGGACGCUCUUCUGCCUGGCGCUUACGCUGGGAUCUUCGCUCUACGUGCUCGGGGCGGUGGAGACGAUCAUGACGGGCUUUAGCACCGGAGGAGGGCACAACAGCGACAGCGGGAUACCGCAGGUACUUUCUCUGGUGCUGAUGGCGAUCCUGGCUACCGUCGUGCGAGUGGGUGUCAGGUACGUCAACGCCUCCUCGGCGCUGUUCCUGUUCCUCACGCUGGCGUCCAUCUGCUGCAUCAUACUGGGGCUGGUCCUGUUCGCCCUCGGGGCCUUCUCCGGAGACCUGUCCUCCACGGAAGGCGUGGCGUUCGACAACUGGGGCCCCCGUUACCAGGUCAACCCGGACACGGGAAACACUCCCACCUUCUGGUCGCUGCUGGCCCUCUUCUUCCCCUCGGCGACGGGCAUCAUGGCCGGGUGCAACCGUUCGGCCGUUCUGGCCGACCCCGGGCGGUCUAUCCCCAAGGGGACGCUGGCGGCUAUCGCAACCGUCACCGCCACGUACGUGGUGUUCGUACUCAUGUUCGGAACCAUCCUGUCGAACCAAGUCCUGGUCGCGGAGAAGCUUGUGGCGUCGAGGGUUGCGUGGCCGACCCACUACCUGGUCUCCGUGGGGAUCGUGUUCUCUUCUCUAGGAGCGGCGAUGCAAUGCCUGGUCGGUGCUUCCAGGCUGGUGGCCGCCAUCGCUAAUGACCACACGAUCCCGCUCCUGAGGCCGUUCGCCCCGAAGCCUGACGAGGAGCCCAACAAGGCCGUUUUCCUCGUGUGGGUGCUGGCGUCCCUCCCGUGUCUGGCCGGCAACCUGGACUACAUUACCCCGGUCAUGACCAUGUUCUUCCUGCUCAUGUACGCGUGCGUGAACCUGAGCUGCUUCGUCCUGAGCAUCCUGCAGAGCCCCGGCUUCCGCCCCAAGUGGAAGCACUACAACUGGCUUACCGCGCUGUCCGGCUUUAUCCUCUGCCUCGCCAUCAUGCUGGUUGUGAGCUGGAGGGUGGCGGUGAGCUCCAUUUUCCUGGCGUGCGCGCUGUUGUUCUACAUCAAGUACCAGAACGCCACUAGAGAUUGGGGAGAUACCCUUGUUGGCUUCAGGUUUCAACUCGCGCGAGACAUGCUCCUUUCGCUUUCGUACAAAGACGUGCACCCCAAGAACUGGCGGCCCCAGCUGCUGGUGUUCUGCAAGAUCGAUGCCUACGGUAAUCCUACGGUACCGGGCCUCCUCUCUCUGGCGGGUCAGAUGAAGAUGGGGAGAGGUUUGCUCAUGUCCGUUGGUCUUCUCGAGGGAGACAUGGUUGAGGAUGCUGUGAAGGGGGCGGAGGCCCAGCGCGUGCUCGGCAUGCACCUGACGGACGAGCGCAUCGAGGGCUUCUGCAAGGUCUCGGUCUGCCAGAACGUGACGGAGAGCGCGGUGACGGUCAUGCAUCACGCCGGCAUCGGAUCUCUCCAGCCCAACACGGUGCUCUUCGCGUGGCCGGACGACUGGAGCAAGAACUACGAGAAGGGGGAGCGGUUCGUGUCGAUGCUGAGGGGCGCCGUGAAUGCGAGAAAGGCGGUCAUGGUGCUCAAGGGCGACAAGAGGCUGCCUACGCGUCUCAAUCCGGCUACGGCAGGACAGACGAUCGACAUCUGGUGGGUGGCCAAGGACGGCGGGCUCCUGCUCCUCGUCCCGUACCUUCUCAAGCUGCACGUGCUGUGGAAAAGGUGUUCUCUUCGGCUGUUCAGCGUCAUCGUCGACCCCAAGGAUAACCCGGAGCAGGUGGAGAUGGACGUGCGCGAGUACCUAGAUCAGGUUCGAAUCGAGGCCACCGUCAAGGCCGUGGACAUGUCGAACGUGAAGUUCAACAGGGAGGUGUAUCGGGAACACCAGGAGCACCGCCAGGAGAACCAGGCUCUCAGUAACAUGGGCGUCAGGGCGAUGACCCUCGACACUGUCGGGGGGCGGCAUAACCUGCCCGAGGUGAUACCGGGCGACGAGCGAGAAGAGCUCGAGACGGAGACGGAGGCUAGCUUCGAUCCUCAACCCAACAAGAACUGGGACAACGGGGGAACAAUGGGAUGGGGUCCGGAAUCCCCACCAGAGAACGGGGGCGCGUCAGGCGGAGCGGCGAAAGGGACCGCGCCGGUAGCCGGAGGAGGCCGGCGGCAACUGGACAAGCAGCGGCUCAUGACCGCCGUCCUGUUGAACCGAAACAUCGUGGAGUACAGCUCGGGGGCGCGACUGGUUGUUACCAACUUGCCCCUGGUAGCCGACAUGCACGCCUCCGAGGUCCUCCAGUACGUGGACGCCGUAGGGUCGUCGAUUGCGCCGCUUCUCAUGAUUCGCGGGGCAGGUGUUGAGGUAGUGACGCAGUACGGAUGAUAAAGGUUGCUGUUGUGGGGGGGCCGGGG